AUGCAAAGUGUUUCCACCACAUUUUCUGCGUUAUGUCCGACUCGCUCAUGGGCAAAAAGGCUGUCUGAGUUGAAGGCUUGCCCUUGGUACUGGGGAGACGUAUCGUGGCGAACGGCUGAGAAACUCCUUCUCUUGUGUGAAAACGGAUCAUUUCUUGUAAGAGAUAGUCACAGUGACAACCAUCUAUUUACUGUCAGCUAUAGACAUAGAGAUCGAGUGUUUCACUCACGUGUAGAAAUCAGUGGCCAAUUCGCACAUUUGGGUGGCCCACUCUCAUUAGAAAGAUCUGAGAGCGUAGUAGAUUUGUUGAAGCAUGCUAUUGAAAUAUCGUAUAGUCAUGAGAGGGAUAUUUUAAUGCAUCGGCGUGGUGCAGAAGCAGAAGCAUCUGAAAUACAGCUACGUCAUCCACUGUCACGUUUGGCACUUCUUCCUCGAUUACAGUAUCUGUGCCGUCUUCGAAUCCGGUUGUUAACUGGAUUGAACCAACUUGGAUCGUUGCCAUUGCCACCGCCGUUGUUGGAAUAUGUUUCAGAUCCGAAGUUUUUAAUACCUAAUAUUAAGGAGUGCAUAGAUGUACUCGAAAUUCGGAGGGAUAAAUUGUUGUUGAACAAAUGA